AUGCCCAUUGAAAAUGCCAUUCCUGUUGAGAAUGAAAAGCCACUUCUAAUACAUGAUGUUUCAAACGUCGAAGAUUUGAAAAAAUUGUUACGCUCUGGUGCUAAUAUAAAUGAAAAGAAUAAGUUUGAGGAAACUCCUUUACUUAGUGCUUUACGUCGUGAAGUGGGCAUUCAGAUUAUUAAGGAAUUUGUGCUUCAAGGAGCUGAUAUGAAUGCAAAUGACUGUUGGGGAGUUACUCCACUUUAUUGUGCUAUUGCAAGACAUGCAAAAGAUUUAGAUAUUGUUAGAUUGCUUUUGGAAAAUGGAGCUGAUAUUAAAAGUGGAAAACGUAUUUCUGACCGGUUUUUGGAUUAUACCGUGACGCGUAAUCCACAGUGUUCACACGAGGCCAACUAUGACCCAAUGAGACAACCAUUUGCCAUUGUUCCAUUGGGGUACGUGAUGUUCCUGAGGUAG